UGUCAUAAAUGCUUCAGCUGUAACAGGGACUGGUAAUUUCUCAAUUGGAGGUGAUCUCGCCUUUGAUAGCUCAACUGGGAUGUUUGAUGAGUACAAUGCUGCUCUUAGCUUCAGCACUCGUACUUUCAUGGCUUCCUUGGCCUUGAAUGACAAGGCUGAUGCUGUAAGAGCCUCUUGUUACUGGUCAGGAAUACCUAAAACGGCAGUUGCAGCAGAGGUGAACCACAGGAUGUAUGACAACGAAACUGGAUUCACUUUAGGUACACAACACUUACUAUUUGGAGGGACAACUGUGAAGACAAGGGCUAGCAGUAUGGGAGGAUCGCUGCACUUGUGGAGCAGCAGCUGUUGCCAUGGUUCUAUCUUAGCCUAACUGGGGAUGCCAAUGCAAGGGAUGUGUCGAAUAGUGCCUGCAUAGGGGUAUCUGCACUAUUAAUGUCCUCAAUCACUAACGAAGAAAGGAAGAGGCUUCCAGGUCUCAGAAAUG